AUGCCGCAAGCUGUGUAUGUGUAUGGUAUGGCCCCGUCGAUACCCCUCCCCCUCGCCGACGAGUGGGAGGACGUCGAUAGCUAUCUGGACGCGCUACUCUCCUUCACGACGUCAACGCCCUUGUUCCUGAACCUGUGCGGAGGCGUGCACAUUCUUGAUUUCCUAACCAGCGACCCUGAUCUUUACACCACGUUACUGCCAGAAGACUGGCGGCAGUUCUUCGCCUGCCACGAGCUAUACGAUAUCCUAGACUUGCUGUUGACCGACGACGUCUCUCAUUUUAAUCACAACAAUAGCGGCCAGAAAAAUGAGCAUGACCAGGAUUCAACGUGGCAAAACGGGCCUGUGCCUCCUCCCUCCCUGAUAGAAUAUAUCCGCAACAUUCGUCGGUUGUGUCUCAAGAGAGAUUUUACGCCUACGCCUACGUCUACUGAAAAUGGCGGCGCCAGUAGUGGGAGUACGAUUCCGCUCCGUUUGGCGGUUGGCAUGAAGCCAAAGAAACUGCAUGAAGUGGAGCAUUUCUCUAGCUAUGUCGAUUCGUUCGCUACCAGUGUCUCGGAAACAAGACAGGAGCCGGUCACGCAUAUAGUAGAUUUUGGCUCUGGGCAGAAUUACCUGGGACGGACGCUGGCUAGUUCGUAUAACCGACAUAUCAUUGCGAUUGAACGCAAGCAUGAUUUUAUAAAAGGCGCCCAGGGCAUGGAUAUCCAUGCAAAAUUGGCGCAGAAGAAGGUUAACAUGGCUAAAAAGGGUCAACGAAGCAUAGAAAGGUCAUCAAAGCAUAGAGGUGCGAAACGCGAAGAAAGGAAGGAGAAUGGAAGUGCUAGUGUGUCGGAACAAGUCUGUGAGACAUGUCCCCCGCAAGUAGAGCAGCUGCAGCAGCAGCAAGACGACGACAUCACCUUCAAAAUCUUCAGCGAACUGGACAUCAGUGCCGAUGACCUAGCAACCUUUGUCCCGAGCACAAGCCAAAAGCCCAAGGCAGAAGAGAUCGCAACACCCCGAGGAUCAAUGGACUAUAUCGAGCACGAGAUCAAAGACGGUUAUCUAGAGCCCAUCAUCCAACACGUCGUCAACCCGAUCAAACAAACAACCAACAGCCACCACCCAAGCGACGCCCGCGUUCUCGUCGUCUCGCUACACUCCUGCGGCAACCUCCUCCACCACGGCGUCCGCUCCCUCAUCCAGAACCCCUCCGUCGUCGCCAUCGCCAUGGUGGGAUGCUGCUACAACCUCCUCACUGAACGCCUCGGCCCAGCGACCUACAAGCUCCCCAUCCUGCGGCACAUGCACCAACGUCUCAGCGUCGGCGCAAACGAGUACGAUCCGCACGGCUUCCCGAUGUCGACCCUCUUCACUCAAUACCCGUAUCCAGGCGGUACGGGCAUAAAAUUAAACAUCACGGCACGCAUGAUGGCGUGUCAGGCGCCGUAUAACUGGACUCGAGAGGAGAGCCAAAACUUCUUCACGCGGCACUACUAUCGCGCCCUACUACAGCGGAUCUUCGUUGAUAAGGGGGUGGUGACGAAGCCAAAACUCGCAAAUCUCAACGCACUAACACGAGAGAAUAGCGACGACCAUGAAACGCCCCUUGUGAUCGGCGCGCUGAAGAAAACAGUCUACCAUUCCUUCCCGUCAUAUGCAAAAGCCGCGAUGGCCAAGCUAUCAAAGACGGCGGCACACAAGCCGAAAAUGACGAGAUUGAUGGAUGAUAUCAGCACGGAGGAAUUGGAGAAGUAUGUGGCAGAGUACAGCUACGCGAAGAAGAAUCUGAGUUUGGUCUGGACCCUGAUGGCAUUUAGUGCCGGAGUGGUUGAGGCGAUGAUUGUGAUUGAUCGAUGGCAGUUUCUCAGAGAGCAUAUGGCGUCGGGGCUAGUUAGGGAGUGUUGGGUGGAGCCGGUGUUUGAUUAUGCGCAGAGUCCGAGGAAUUUGGUGGUUAUUGGGAUUAAAAAUUGA